UUUAUUACUUUAGAAAAUCACCAGACCCGCCCAAGGUAGCUUUUAAACUUAGUUUUACGACCCCGGCAACUUUUUCUCGGACAAGAUGCAGUCACCGGCAGGACAAAGUGGACAGUCGUCUUCAUACAGAGUUGUGACUUCAUCGCGAACAACAACUAGCUCUUCCAACAACGCUGCAGGUUCUCCACUUCGACUCGGCGAUAUUCAACCCCAAGGAAGAAUGUCUUACGGUAUGUACUCAUCAAGUUACGAUGGCGGAUACAGCGGAGGUGUAGGAUCAGUGUAUGUAAGUGAUAAGGACUUGCAAGAUCUUGGUGGUGAACAAGGCGUUCAGUUUAGAAACAUGAGAUCUGGAGAGAAAGAAGAACUCAAGGGCUUGAACAACCGAUUCGCAUCCUACAUCGAGCGAGUUCGUUUCCUUGAACAACAGAACAAGUUGCUCGAGGCUCAGCUUCGUCAGCUUUCCGUGAAAUACGAAUCUAAGCUGGGAGAGCUUUAUGCCAGUGAGGUUCGUCGCUUGAAGGCCAUCAUCGACUCGUUGAACACUGACAAGGCACUCAUUGAUGCUGAACUUGAUCAUAUGAGACAGGAUGUUACUGAUUUGAGAAGAGAGCACGACACGUCAGUAAGUGAACGUGAAGAACUUGAAAGGGAAUUAAACAAUUUGAGAGGAAAUGUUGACGAAUGUACGAUCAGCCGUGUGGAUUUGGAGAGACAGCUCAUGACGUUGAGAGAAGAACUUGACUUCGAAAACCUUGCCCACACUGAGAUCGUGAACGAACUCAAGUCCCAACUGGUCACCGACCACGUAAGAGUCCAAGUAGAUACUCAUGGACCUGACCUAUCCGAUCUCCUCCGUGACAUUAGAGCACAAUACGACCUCGCUGCGAAACGAAACAGAGAAGAGUCGGAAGAAUGGUACAGUGGAAAGUUGAACGACCUGAACGCUAAGGUUUCCCAAGAUGCCAACCGUCUUAAAGACGCACAGGGAGAACUGAGCGAAAUGAGAACCCGCGUCGGCACACACACCACGCAAAUUGAGUCCCUUCGUUCCAACAAAGAUUACCUGGAGAGACAACUCGCUGACGUGGAAGAAAGAUUCAGUCGCGACAUAAAUGGUUACCAAGAUCAAAUCGCAGAACUCCAGUCUCAGUUGGAGAAGAUCAAAGCCGAGAUGGCGGAGAGACUUCGAGAAUACCAAGACCUGCUGGCGGUUAAACUAGGUUUGGACUUCGAAAUCAGCACAUACCACAAACUGCUGGAAGGCGAGGAGUUCAGACUGCAGGGGGUGUCGCCUGGUUUGAGCAGUGGUGGAACAACCUACUCGCUCAGAAAAGUCGUCGAAGAAUACGAGAGUGCAUACAAAAACGCUCAGUCGAAGAGUGGAAGAAAAUCGCCUUGAAAAACUAUGAGAAAAAUACACAAGCUCUGCCGUCUAUUAACCAGUUUUACUGUCGCAUAGCAACUAUAUCAUAUACUCGUUACUAAUCACUUAUACCCUUGAUUAUAUAUACCAUAUACACCCUACCCGAAGUAAUAAAUGUACAUAGAGUGAAAUAAUGUUUAAUAUCAAAACCACUUUUCGCCUAUAACUGUCAAAUAUAUUGAUGCCAUUUAUUCAAAGAAAUUUAUGGAUAAUAUCGUUAGUUUGCCAAACUUUUUAUUAAAAAUUAUAUUUAGCUCUAUCUGAUCGCAUAUGGAACCUCGCCCUGUGGUUAUUUUCACAUUGUUGUAAAGCACUAUCAUGCACUUAAACAGCUUUUCUGCUUAAAAUGGCAAUUAAUGGAUUUUAACUUUGCGCUUAUGUAAAAUGGUGGUGAACUUGGUCAAAUAAACGGCAUGACAAUA